AUCUUAGUUAGAGAAGUAGACACCCAAAUAAGAGGAGCUACUCUUGAGCUCGAGAUGAAUAAAAUUAAUGAUAAAAAAUUAAUCCUUAAUGUAGAAGGGGUUAAGAAUUCUGUAGAGGAGUUUACAGUUUGUGAAGGUGGUAAUGCAGAUCUUCGUGAAGAAGAAGUAUUGGAAGAACAAGAAUUAUUUAAAUUUUCUAGUAAAGUAAAUAUAAAAUUUAGUUUAAAAUAA